UUUACAAUCAGGACAGAAGCCGUCGUGGCGAGGAGUAUAUAACACUCAUAACAACACCAACAACAACAAUCUUGAUUUCUUAGACUUUAUUAAGCAAACCACAAACAUGACGGCUCCACCAGCUGCUCUUCUCAAUAAAAAUAAGAAAAACUUCAUCGGUAUGCCAGCCCCGCUGGGAUACGUUGCUGGUGUUGGUCGAGGAGCAACAGGAUUUACCACACGUUCUGAUAUUGGUCCUGCUCGUGAUGCCAAUGAUGUUUCAGACGAUCGACACGCACCACCUAGCAAGCGCAAGAAAAAAGAUGAUGAUGAUGAUGAAGAUCUAAAUGAUGCCAAUUAUGACGAGUUCAAUGGCUAUGGAGGAUCAUUAUGUAGCAAAGAUCCCUAUGAUAAAGAUGAUGAAGAAGCUGAUGCCAUUUAUGAUGAGAUUGACAAGCGUAUGGAUGAGAAGAGGCGUGAGUAUCGUGAACAGCGCCUGAAAGCAGAACUUGAGAACUAUCGUCAGGAACGCCCAAAGAUCCAGCAGAUGUUCACUGACCUUAAACGAGAAUUAGCAAAUGUAUCAGAAAAUGAGUGGAGCACAAUUCCAGAAGUAGGUGAUGCCAGAAACAGGAAGCAGCGUAAUCCAAGAUCCGAAAGGUUUACACCUUUGCCUGAUAGUGUUCUCUCUCAUAAUCUUGGAGGGGAGAAUGUGACAACAAUUGAUCCAGGCUCUGGACUUGCUUCCAUGAUGCCUGGAACCUCAACCCCUGGAAUGCUUACCCCAAGCGGUGAUCUUGAUUUACGUAAAAUUGGACAAGCACGAAACACUUUAAUGGGAAUGAGAUUGAACCAAGUGUCAGAUGCUGUUGGUGGCCAGACUGUGGUAGAUCCCAAGGGUUACCUGACUGACCUUCAGAGUAUGAUACCACAAUAUGGUGGGGACAUAAAUGAUGUUAAAAAGGCAAGAUUGCUUUUAAAAUCUGUUAGGGAAACAAAUCCUAAUCAUCCACCUGCUUGGAUUGCCUCAGCACGUCUUGAAGAGGUGACAGGCAAGAUCCAGUCUGCUCGUAAUCUUAUUAUGAAAGGUUGUGAAAUGUGUCCCAAGUCGGAAGAUGUGUGGCUUGAAGCAGCUCGACUACAGCCUCCAGAUAUGGCUCGGGCUGUGAUUGCACAAGCUGUCCAGACAUUACCUCACUCGCCCAGAAUAUGGAUUAAGGCUGCAGAUCUGGAGUUGGAGUUAAAGGCAAAGAAAAGAGUCUAUCGCAAGGCCCUUGAACAAAUUCCUAAUUCUGAGCUUUUAUGGAAAUUGGCUGUGGAGCUGGAAGAGGAGGAGGAUGCUAAAAUUCUUUUAAGCAGAGCUGUUGAGUGCUGCCCCACAUCAGUAGAUUUAUGGUUGGCUUUGGCCCGAUUGGAAGUGUAUGAAAACGCCAGGAAAGUUCUUAAUAAAGCACGUGAGAAUAACCCUAAAGAUCGCCAGAUUUGGAUUACUGCAGCAAAAUUAGAGGAGGCCAAUGGCAAUAACACUUUAGUUGGUAAGAUUAUUGAGCGUGCAAUCUCAACAUUGCAAGCUAACAUGGUUGAUAUUAAUCGAGAUUUUUGGAUUAAGGAUGCCAUGGAGGCAGAGCAUGCAGGAGCUGUCCUGACCUGUCAGUCUAUUAUCAAAAAUAUAAUUGGUUACGGAGUUGAAGAUGAAGAUCGUAAACAUGCAUGGAUGGAAGAUGCAGACAGCUGUGCCACCCAGGGUGCCUAUGAAUGUGCACGUGCAAUCUAUAGCCAUGCUCUUUCAAUAUACCCAAAGAAAAAGUCUGUCUGGCUAGCUGCUGCACACUUUGAGCGAAGUCAUGGGACAAGGGAAUCAUUAGAAGCGCUGCUGCAACAAGCUGUAACGCACUGUCCACAAGAGGAAACUCUCUGGCUUAUGGGUGCUAAAUCAAAAUGGCUUGCUGGGGAUGUCCCAGCAGCUCGAUCAAUCCUUGCAUUAGCAUUCAAAGCCAAUCCAAAUUCUGAAGAGAUUUGGCUGGCUGCUGUCAAAUUGGAGUCUGAAAAUAAUGAAUAUGAACGUGCAAGGCGUUUGCUUUCAAAAGCUCGUUCACAGGCAGCUACUGCUAAGGUGAUGAUGAAAUCUGCUCAUUUGGAAUGGGCAUUGGGUAAUUUGGAUUUAGCCAGAACAUUACUUGAUGAAGGUAUCAAGGAGGUAGGUGACUUUGCCAAGUUGUGGAUGAUGAAAGGUCAAAUCCUGGAACAACAAGGUAAAAAAGACGCUGCAUGGGAAGUUUAUAGGGAUGCUGUCAAACGAUGCACAUCCUCGAUACCUCUCUGGAGGCUUCUGGCAACUCUAGAAGAACAGCAAGGGAAAUUAGUUACAGCAAGAGCCACACUAGAGAAGUCGAGAGUUCGUAAUCCAAUGAAUGAAGAACUGUGGUUGAUGGCAAUUCGGCUAGAACUUCGAGCAGGACAGCGUGAAGUGAGUCGGUCCUUAAUGGCACGUGCACUUCAGGAGUGCCCCACAUCUGGUAUUCUGUGGGCACAAGCUAUAUUCUUAGAGGACCCCGCCCAGCGAAAGAGUCGCAGUGUUGAUGCUUUGAAACGUUGUCAGGAUGAUGCGCAUGUUGUUUUAGCAGUGGCAAAAAUGUUUUGGAUGGAUGGGAAAAAGAACAAAGCACGAGAAUGGUUCAACAAAACAGUUAAAAUUGAUCCCGAUCUGGGUGAUGCUUGGGCAUGGUAUUAUAAAAUGGAAAUUCUAUUUGGCUCAGAAGACCAACAGCUGGAAGUGAAGAAACGGUGCAUGGCAGCUGAUCCACGCCAUGGCGAGCAUUGGUGCAUGGUUUCUAAACAUAUUGACAAUUGGAGAAAGAAAACGCCAGAAAUUCUUCAACUAGUUGCAGAUAGACUUCCCAUUCCUGUGAUGAACAGAGAAGUUUACUGAGACUAAAGUUUUGUAAAUAUUGUAUGAUUUUAUAUAUAUUUACAUGUUAGCAUAAUUUUCUUUGAGAGUUGUGUGGUAUCUAAGAUUUUUGUAUCUAAUUCAUUUCAUUAUUCAUAUUUCACUUCAUAAUCAUCAAAUUGAUAACUGGUCAAAUUUUAUGAAGUACAUUACUACUUCAUUCAGCAGGUUUUGUAGUAUGUAUUGUUUAAUAAUAACUCUACAAGAAGUCAAUUUGUUUUACUUAACUGUCAUGUAGCAGCAAUAUUCACAUAAGGAAUCAUUUAACAAAGCAAGAGUGAAAUUUAUUGCAUGUGCUAUGUUAUGAAAUUAAUGUACAGUAAUUGUAAGUACUGUAUAAUACUGUACUUUAUACUUUAAACACUUUUCCAUUAAACUUAUUUUAAUUCAUUUGGGGAUUCACUAUUGCUACCAUUAUGAUUUAAAUUCUCAAUAUAAGAGAUUCCUUAUAUUAGUUAUUUCCUAUAUAUAUUUUAAUCCAUAAAAAAUUAUGGAUGUCAAUCAGCAAACAACUUACGCAAUCAUCAGAAGAAAUCUUAACAUGCAUGAUGUACUAUUAUAAACUUGUCAGCAGGAUACAGAAAAUUCUUUAUGUGCAUUUCAUUCUAUAUUUUUUGUGAUUUCAUGCUGCCUCAGAAAUGGGUAAACAAGUAUUGAUGCAUUUGAUGAGCAAAUGAAACGUGACUGUAAACUUAUCUGAAUUAAAAUAACAUUGAUGAGAGAGGCAAGCAAAUUUAUUUAUUACUGUACUUACAUUACAGCAUAUAGUUACUGUAUUUAUACCAAAAAUAAUGGGAGGACUUGUAUGCUUGAAGCACACUGUGUAUUAGUGGCUUUAGGCAGUGUUUUUAUCUUGCUUAUAAACCCUCCAUUAUUUGUGUAUCUAUGUAUGUAUGUACUUGUGCCCAUAUAUUAUUAUUAUUUUAUUAAGUUAGGUGGGGUUGGUGAAGGCCAAUAAAGAAUUUAAUCUUUUGCAAUCAUCAGAUGUCUAAAGUGUAGAAAUUUGCUUUGUAGAACACUAUAUUACUAACUUAAUGUUUGUCCCCAGUUUGUUUGUUUGCCAUUUGGUGGGUGGAGUGUUGAUAACAUACCUAGUUAACCCCAACCAUGUCUUGCUGAUCCAAAUUGGUAUUGUUAACACCA